AUGAGAACGACUUUGUCUGUUUGCUCGGCGCUCAUAACAGCGGCCCCUGCAUUUUCUUUUGAAUCCAAAUCAAACAACGGCUGCCAAAGUCCACUCCCUCCAGGCGUCAAGCUCGACGAGUCCGUCGAUUUGACAUUAAACAGCACAAGCGGAAUUUCGCCUCGCAAAUACCGCUUACACGUCCCUCCCUCGUACCAUGACAACACUCCAGUUCCACUCAUCCUCCCCUUCCACGGCCGGGGCAAAGACGCCGAAUACCAAGAAGCUCUAAGCCAAUUCUCAAACGCAAGCUACGGUUUCAAUGGUAUCGUCGCAUAUCCCGAAGGUGUACCGAAUGCAAAAGGAACCCAACAAUACCAAGGCGACCCCGACUCGCCCUCUUCCAUCAAUGACGUAACCUUCACGCUUGAGCUCCUGGAUCACCUACAGUCAACCUAUUGUAUCGACCCCGCCCGUAUCUACGCGACUGGAAAGUCAAACGGCGGAGGCUUUACUGGUGUAUUGGCCUGCGAUGCGGAAGCCACAAAACGUAUUGCUGCGUUCGCACCCGUGUCUGGUGCUUUUUACCUAGACGCUGACCAGAAUCCGCCGCCGUGUGAGCCUAGUGGACAGGUUCCGAUCAUGGAAUUCCACGGAGUGGAGGAUACGACGAUACCGUAUAAUGGCGGCAUUAACACGCGCGGCAACGCCAAUUCGACUGACGUGGUCAUUUGGGUCGACGACUGGGCUAGGCGCGAUGGCUUCGAUGUUAGCGCGAAAGAAACGACAUUCCUGUGUGAGGAGGAUGAGGGGAAGAAGGUGACGAGGUAUAGUUGGAAUGAUGUGGUCGUGCAUUACAAGUACAGCAACUUGGGUCAUGAUUGGCCGAGUUCGUUCCCCAAUGGCGAUACGGGAGGCGAUGAGGGAGUGCUGACGUCCUACCGCGGCAUCGUGAAAGCUCCCAAUGGCGACUUCGAUCAUUUCGUCAGACAGGUAGACCCGUCACACUUGAUUGGUGGAUACUGGAGGUUCCAUUCUAUCGAGGAUGACCGGCGCGCUAUGGCCUGUGGCUUUACAACACCGGAGGAUGUGCUUUGUGCUGUGGAUUCCAAUGAGGAUGAGGACGACUAUGAUGAUAUCACUAUCCGAUGGAUAAGAGGAGCGGACGACUCAAAUGUGAAGAUGGCAUUGUCGGGCACCGCAACUCAGCAUCUUGAAAUUAUCUACGAAUUGCGCGCGCUACUUGGUCUGCCGAUAUCGUCGCGGGGGCAGAUACCACUUUACCCUAUCGGUACUAAUCCCAGAUUGAAGCAAUACUGGGAGGCAAGGUAUAGACUCAGGCGACCAGCCCCGAUCGAUUCCGCUGGUCAGCAACCAGGUCGUCAGAUUCCAUCUCCUACAAAGCUAGGCUCUGGCCACUUGUGUUCGUCACACCCUCAGCACGCAUCACCAGCAUUACAAAAACCUCCGGAGGGUCAAAUCACAGGAGCUCGCAGUAUGGAAAUAUUCCAGAAAGCGCCGCCGACCCCUACCAGAGCGACACCAUUACAAAAGGGACCCGGUGCUCCUGGCGUGGCUACGAAUCAGAAUAUCCCAGCGCGUCCAUCGUCCGGAGACACCACAGUUCCAAGACUUCCCACCGACACGAUCGAUCAACAGCAAGCUCCCUUCCAAAGCACCGCAUUGCCAGUAUCAACGUUCAUAUCACCCGCUUCGACUGGCAGUAUGAGUGUGCCUUCAAUACUGCUAGCUGCAUUGGCUUGGGGCUUACAGUCGUCUCCAUCACCAAUAUUGGCUAGUCAGGGUUAUGGCAUCUCACAGCAUAACUGGAUUCAUCCGUCUCCUCGCAACUCGACUGUAGAUCAUCCUCCCAGUUCAGUAGUCCCACAGCAGCAACAAGUGCGCAACGGCGGAACAAACUCCUCGCACGACACUGUUACCGCGGAUUGCAGAGCUAUAGCCCCUAUGAAUCUUCCAUACCGAUCUCCAUAUCCCACGAGCGCGACUGGAGACGGUCUUCAGCAUGCUAGUCCAGUGGUCGCGCCGUCGGAGAUGCCAUUGGCAGGAAGUCAGGUGCAGAAGCACGUUGCGGCACCAUACAAUGCGGAUACUCCUUCUGUCAGUACGUUCAGUUCUCCUGCUGCUGACGCCCAGUCUAGUUUCUUAGUCGGCUCGACAGUGCCAUCUGCUUUCAGUCCUAAUGAUAGCGAUAUUGACCUACCGAUAAGCCCGAACAAUCCUCGCAAUGCCACGCCAACGACCCCCACAGGAAAGUCGCAAGAGCCUUUCUUGGGUAGUUUAUCUGGCUCAGUAGCACCACAACUGAGCUCCCCACAUUCCUAUAUUGAAGAUGCACCGAUCGGAGAACCAUUCGCAACGGAAGAAACUGCCGAAAGCGCUCCUGAUAGGCCUACUCAUCCUGGUUGCGCGAAACGGCUGUCGCCUGACAACGAGCCCAGUCUUCGGCAGAAGACCGGCACACUGGACAUACGAUCUCUAGACGCAGUUGAUAAAAGCGCGAGAGCGGGAGCGAAGAUGACGGAGACUAUUCCCGAGCCGUGGCGCACCUACAUGAAAGGGUUGAAAGAGCUUCCAUGCAUGGAUUGUGGAGAAGACGACGGCCACCUAUGGGACUGUCAUCUUGGUAACAUGAAAUGGAUGCAAAACCCUACUCUCCUUGACUAUCGCACCUUGACCGACGCUGUAGAGCAUUUCGACCCCGGCCCAUGGACAACGCAUUUUGACCCCCCCGAACCUGAGUCGGAGGACGCAGAGACACAGAUACGAGGUAUGGCCGAGGUCAUCCGAAAUGAAGAUAGCUACAAAAAUGAUCAGGAGCUUCACAACCUGCCGGAUGAGCUCAUGAUCAUACUUUGGGCAUUCAAAACUUCGAAAGGCGUUCGGGUUGUCAAGGAGGACGAUUGGCAUUCCGGCAUUGGUGAGCCUGAGACGUAA